CAAGCCUUGGAAUUUAUCUGAUAAUGAAUCUAUCUCACUUUUUCUUCGCUUCUUGAAGCAGAUGAUGCAGGGUAAGGCCUCCCAAGCCUGCCACAUCAUCCCUGAAAUCGAUGUCUGCAAGUACGAGCCUUCGGAUUUAGCUGAGCUCUUGUUCCCAGACUCUCCAUAUCAACCUAGGAUGUGGUUUUCCUUCAGCCGACCUCGUUACAGAUCCAUCAACAGUCUUCGUUACAACAGGGCCACAAAGAAGGGAUUCUGGAAAAUCACAGGCAAGCCACGAGAAAUCAAGUCUCAACAACUCUCCAAAUCGGUCACUUGCAAAAAGAGGACCUUGACAUUCCAUGAAGGUCGUGUGUCUAAGUCGACGAAGACCGACUGGGUCAUGCAGGAGUAUUAUCUCACUCAAACUGAACCGGGUUCUAUUCCCAAUCAGCUGAGUGACUUUGUUCUCUGCCGCAUGAAGAAUAAGUCAGCUCAUUAUGAGUCUGAUAAUAAGAAGCUGAAGUAUGCUUCAAUCUGUGAUGAAUCAGCUGAUCCUGGUAUUGGUGGCUGCGUGGCCUCAAAUUCUGAAGAUGAUCAAGCUCCUGAAAGUAAUAUGAUUCCGGAGGCCGAUAGACAUCUGGCAGACAAAGAGCCAGAACAUGAUCUGCCUGGAAGUGGCAAUCAUGAUGCUGGUGAACCUGAUGGCUGUGUUUCAUCUGAUUGUGAUGAUAUGAUUCAAGAGCUAAGUGCUCAGCCAGGAGAAUAUCUGGAUUUACAUUUUCCUCCACCUGAGCCACCUGAGCCGGGAAAUGCUUCUGUGCCAUCUCCAAUUGGGAAUAAUGAUUCUUCUCUUCCAUAUAAGAAUAAUAUUACAACCAAUUAUGACAGUAAACCAGUUAGCAACACCGCCUCUAAUUUCAAGAAUCAAACUAGAGAUGAAAGGACGUCAGAGGUUUAUUCUCAACCAGAAGAAGAUCCGGAAUCAUUCUUACAACUUAAGCUAGACGAUUACACAUGGCUUUCAAGAAUAUUGCAGCCAGAACAGGGAAAUCUUCUGCAUGCCAAUAACUCUAUUGGAUGCAAUGAGUUGCAAUCUCCAUAUCCGGAGACUGCGGCUCUUUUCCCACAAUCUUAUUGAAUAACAAAAACAUCAUCAUAUACUCUUUUCAAUGACUUCAACCUACCAAAGUCAUUGGGAAGGGUUUAUGAUGGGGAUGGUGGAGUACAACAGUGAGACAAACACUGAAGUACUUCAUGGAAAAUAUAUUCUGCAUUAGCUAUUGGAAAAACACUCCAAUAUGGUUAAUGAACCACAACAUUUUAUUUAUGGGAGAAUAUCAAGGAGACUUAUAAACCAUGAGCUCUUGUAAGAAUGUGUCUCCAACUUACAUUAUUACAGACAGUGAUAUUCUCCUACAAAUAAUUUGAAGAUUUUUCUAAUAACUUCUUCGUAGUUUUGGACAUUUAUGUCCAAGACAAAAGACACAAGUUACUAGUCUCUGACAGACAGCAAUGGUUUUGGGCAAUUUGUCAAAAAUCGUUUAUGCGUGUGUAACUUGUUGGUACAAAGAAAGACCAGAAAAUGCAAUUGGUUGAAAUGCCAUCCAGAACUCUCUACCCUUCUCCGAAUGCAACGAGUCCAGACAAACUAAAAACGUCUUUUCUCAGAAGCAGUUUUUUUGGAGACGUUACUUCCUCUUCCUCUAUCAGCACAAACUAGAGAUAUUUCUCAGAUCAGUAGACUUCUUCAACUAGUAUAUCUAUCCUACAAAUUGCAGAACACACAACCUCCAUAUCAACCAAUAUCCAUUCAUGUCUUCACUGCACCCAUGGGAGAUGCUCGGAGAAGAAUCCGACUGCAGAGUGGCAUCACGAGACAAGGUGAGAGAGAAUCAAGCUGAAAGAAUGAAACGUUUCUGACUUUCACAGCAAUUAAAUGACAUCUGUUCUAAUGAAGCUUUGACUUUGAGGAGGCUAAUUGAUUUCUGUUUGCAGGUCAGGGAAGCUGCAGCUCAUUGUAUUGCUGUUCAUACGGUUUGAAGCAGGCAUGGAAUGAGCAGCCGGCAGAAAAUUGAAGGAUUCUUUUAUUUUCCUGGAAGCAUCUCCUUCAAGCCAUAAACCAAGUCCCCCCCAUGGUACAAUACUUCAACACCAAGUUCUAGUUCUAUAGCCUUACAGGCUUGUUUUUGUUCCAGUCACUAUCAAUCAUUAUAGAAGUGUCACUAUACAGGAGCUUCUGCUACAUGGCUGCUGGAGUCUCAGUUUAUCUAUUAGUUCAACCAGACACUAGUGUGAUGUUAUGGUUAUUGAUAUAGAAGCUUUGAGCUCCGUUUUUAAUGGAGUAGUAGUUACUACUUACCGUUGUUUCAAAAAUGUACGAUUAUUUUUGUAUCUUGAAGGACUUAAACCUAUCAAUGACCUAUAUCAGUCUGAAACAUUCCACCCUUUA